CAAAACCUAUUGACAGUUGCUCCCAAUUCACAAAGAAGAUUUUCUAUAGCGCCCGUAAAAAUGUUCCUAAUGAUGAGUUGAGGAUUCUUACGCAUGCGAAUGAAGCAUUGUCCUCUGUCAAAUGAGUAAGCACUUUCAGGGACACAGCCUUCCCGAUUCCUCUAUAAUAAACUCAACUUAAUCCCGCAGUCAUAUGUUUAUUCCGCUCCGCAAAAAUUUUGCGGAUGUACGUACGAUUCGGAUAGCUACAAACACAGAGAAUGGAUGACAAAAAUUGUUACAGUAAAAGAAUCUAUCAAUGUUGGCUGUUACUCAGACUCGUGUCGUUGUGGAUAACUCUACAGACAUGUCAAGGUCAAUGCCCGCUUGGUUCGACAUCCUUCGAAAAAGUGGCCGGAGCAUCCCUGAGAGGUCAGAGACUGAUGCCGUUAUACAAGGGCACGCAGGGGGAGUCUUCAGUCACUUAUGAAUGCCUCUCCAGGUGUCGAGCACUAUCGGAUUGCAAUUCCAUGCUGCUCAGUUACACAGCUCAGAACUGCAUGAAGUCGACAGUGACAUCGGAAGGACGCCGAAGUGACAUCGCUGUGACAUCUCCGCCAUCAUCCACCAGUUACUUUGAGAAAAUAUGCCUCACUGCUCCUCGAUGCAAUCGACUUUGGACGUUCGAAAGAGUGGUAGGUUACGAGAUAUCUGGGUUCGAUGAUAGAACAGUGCCAGGCGUCAGCAGUCGACUUCAGUGUGAAGAACUGUGCCUAAGGGAGAAAGGAUUCAUUUGUCGGUCUGGAGAAUACGAUUACUCCUUUCAACAAUGUCGACUGAGCAGUGAAGAUAGGCGAUCUCAACCUUCAUCUUUCAGACCGGCAUUCGGCGAUGUCGAUUAUUUUGAAAACCAGUGUAUACCUGAUGGCAGCACGGGUUGUGAUUAUGAAGAGAAGUCAGAUACGGACAUUGAAAGGGUUGAUGCAUCCAUAACAUCAUCAUCAAAGUUUGAGUGUCAGCAGCAAUGCGACACAACACCGAAUUUCCUCUGUCAUGCUUACAGUUAUCGAGAAUCUAGUUCAUCGUGCAAAUUGAGCAGCGACGACACAUUUAAUCUAGGUUCCAGUGCUGUGCGCAGAAGAAUAGGAACAUCUUAUUACCAAAGAUCUAAUUGCCUAGAUUUGAAACUGACAUGUACUGAUACGACCAUGCAACUGGUACUCAAAACUAGAGAACCUUUCGAUGGACGAAUUUACUCGCAAAGCAAACCUUACGCAUGUCAAGUUUUUGGUGAGAAGCAGGUUAUAACCAGGUUUGUAAUGGAUGUUAAAGGCCAAUGUGGAGUUGAAGUUGAAGAUUCAGAUCAUAUCACCAAUACAGUUGUUGUACAAUAUCAUCCACUAAUUCAACAAAAAGGAGACCGUGUGAUAAAACUGUAUUGUUCACUCUUUGAAGAAACAAAUCGAACAAUAACUAAGACUUUCCAAGUUUCACAAGGGUUGGAGCCUGCUGCCACAGCUGUUGUAAAUGCCACCGCUCCCACACCCAACAUUCGACUAAGAAUAACAGAUGUCAAUGGAACAGAUAUAACAGGCACCAGAAUAGGAGAACCACUUUAUUUCCGAAUAGAAAUUGAUGAAGACAGUGUGUUUGGUAUAUUUGCUCGAGACAUGUUAGCUCGAAACGGAAGAGGAGAUUUGCAAAUAUCAUUGAUAGAUACUGACGGCUGCCCAACCGAUCCCAGAAUAUUUCCCGGAUUUGAGAAGAUUUCCGGCUCCAAAUCUCUGCAAUCCCGAUUCCAGGCGUUUAAGUUCUCGGAAGACCCCGUCGUGAGGUUCCAAGUGAAUGUUCACUUUUGCCUUGAGGAGUGCAAUCCAGUUGUCUGUCCCAGCGGAACUCAGUCCUGGGGCAAGAGAAGGAAAAGGCAAAUAGAAGACAACGAGAUCCCUAUUGUCCCGGAUUACCCAUUAUUCGCAGCAAUUGUCGUUGAAGGGUCACUGUUUGGAAACAAUUCUGGACCAACAGAUGCCCAAUAUAUCGAUGAAAGAAGCAUGGAUAUAUCUGAUGAGUUAGUUUGCACAACAAAAACCGUAGUCGUAGUUUCGUCUCUUGGUGCUUUAUUUCUACAAAUAGCUUUACUGGCUGCAUGUGGUACGUGCCUUCUUUUCACAAGAAAAGAAAAACGCGUACGGUACUCAGAAGACGCAGCCUCCACCAUAACUGAAACCCUUCCACCCUUCAGUUCAGAUGUUCAUCAUACCAGACUACGGUGAUACAGUAUUGAACACCUAGGAACAUUUUAUUCUUCAUCUCAGAAUGUUUAUGCAUGAAAUCGAAUCGAUCAAAGUUUUUGAGUUGACUGACUGAUGACUUCUGUAAAUGCAUCAUCUUAUGGACCCAUCUUUCUGCAAUUGACAAAACUUCGAUCGCCAUCUAGGGAAAAUGAGAAUCUGAUUGGUGAAAUAUAUUCUCUCUCGUGUAAAACUCACCAAUCAUGUUCGCCUUUUUACUUGAUGGCAUCCGGAGGUGCGUGACGCGCGUGCAGUGGGAACGGUACUUAAGUUAGGAUGAUGGACGAGCUUGUGUUGCCAAUAACUGUGAACAAAAUAUUUUGAGGUUUUUCAUAGAUGGAAUAUCACAAAUCGUAUCACUGCCUUUAUGCAUUCCCUAUUUUUCAGAAAUGUAACUUGCUUGGACUGUGAUAGAAAUUAUUAUCAUCGUUAUUGCCUAACCUUAACCGCCAUUUUAACAUUUUAUUUGGAAGCUUGUGUUUUUAUUUUGUAUAUAUGCAUAGUUCUGUGGCUAUAAAAUAGCCAUAAAUAACUAAUACUCGUGUACUUACAUUUGUCAAAAAAUAAUUAAUGUAUUCAUGUUUCUUAAUACGUUAGUAAAUUUGGAAUACUAAGUAACGUAAAUGUGUUUCUAUUUUAUAUAUAAGUACUUUUUCAUGCAGUUAAUAUACACUAAAAAAAUUAGAUAAAAAAAAUCAUUCAAAAUUAAUGAUUUUUUUAAUUCAUAGUGUAGAGAAAAAAUUAAAAAAUUUUAACUCCAUUAUUCAAUUAUAACAGCGAAACUUUGUAUACUAGACUUGUAUAUGAAGUUUUAUGUAUAAGGUGUCUAUGAUAUUAUAUUAAACCUUAAUUCCUUAUAUAAAUUAUGUCAAUUCAUCUAUGUAAUUCACUUGUAUUGUAUUUAAUCUUAAUACAUUGAAUAAACUCCGUUGGUGUACCUAAA